GACUCACAGAAACUGAUGUGUAGGUGCCUUAAACGCGCACGAGCUUAAUCCUUGUGCUGCACAACCUCUGGGUACAAGCUUCCAACUCUGUACCCUGUAAUAAGUGGUUUAACUGCUUUGCUAUUUCCCCCAAACUUGGGUGGAUUGAUAUCAAGUAUUUUAUUCUAAACCCUUCUUUAGAAUAAAGCACCUGCUUACUCCUAUGCCCCUGUCUUUUUUCCAUAUUAGUCUAAAGAGCGUUGUCAGCCUUUUUAAUGUGUGGUUUAUUUUUCUUGUGUGUAGCACACAUGAACACACCCUUCCUCCUCACACACUGAUCUUGGCUGCUGGAAAACCCAGUCAGUAUCCUGAAUGCCUUCAAUAUAGGACUUCCCAGCAAUGCUGGAAUUGCUGUGCUUCCUUUAAGAAUCGGAUUUAAAAGAAAAGUCUUCUGUCAGAAUUAAUUUACCAGUCUACAGCCAAAAUCCAGGCGCUGACCUAUGCAGUUUCACUUCAAGUUUACUCAUUGAAAGUGUAGCCUCACGGAACUAGCAUUCCAUGGCUGGAGCAGCUCAGAGGAAUUUUGUCUCAUCCUGCUAUGGAGUUCCACGACCCGGCUGCUGCUCGUGGCCCUUCCCCUGACUGAAGACCUGGGCCAGACCUGUUGCUUUAAUCUUCCCAAAACCUGGUUUAUUCAGGCUUUGAACGUUCCCUGACAGCUGAAUCUGCUCAGAUUUUUCUAAACCAGAGGCCGUUCAGAUGCAUCUCAACAACCAAGCCCGCUCCCCCGAGAGCCGCCCAGUACACAAGACCGUCAGGCCGCGUCAGGCCUGCUGGCACCGGCGGGUCCGCCCCGUGGCGAGGGCCGCAGCAGCCCGAACCCACGCACCGCGGGCGGCCGAAACGCGGAACGCGGAACGCGGCUGCUGUCCCGGGCGACGGGCGGGGCGACUUCCGCGGGGCCCGGCGCGGCUUCCGGGAAAGGCAGGAGCGGCGACUCCGGGUGCGGCGCUCGGUUCUGGUCAGCUGCCGCCAUGGCCCGCAAGCUGCACCGGCCCAUCGCCGCCAUGGCCAAGAAGAUCCGCGAGUACCGGGCGCUGAAGGAUCGGCCGCGGGACUCUCAGCGCUUCGCCGUGGACUACGAGACCAUGCGGCGGCCGCUGACGCAGAAACGGCUGCCGGUGCGGGCCUGGGAGGACGUGCGGAACGAGAACCGGCUGUUUGCGCUGCUCUGCCGCUUGCCGCGGUUCGGCGUGGGCCGCACCGUCACCCGCAAAUCCUGGCUGUGGGCGCACGACGAGCCCUGUUACUGGGUCAUCACCAAGGUGAAGGCGGACUACAUGGCCGAGAAUAUGGACCAUGGAAGAGCCUGGGGCUACCUGACCUUCAAAGGCAAAACUGAAGAGAAAGUGAGGGAGAUUGACAAAGCCAUGUACCAUGACUGGCGUAUGGUGCCCAAACACGAGGAGAAGGCCUUCAAGACAUUCACCCCAGUGCCUGAGGAGUCCGUUCACUUCCUGCCAUACCCACCACUGCUCCGAGCCAUGAUCCUUGCACAGUGGCAGAAGGAGGGAAGACCCAUCAUGGAAGAGCCAAUAAUUGAUCUAGAGAAGGUCUUGGCCUCUCCCCAAGAGCGGGCAAAGAAAAAAGCUACAGGGACACCACUAUAAAGACUUGUUCAGUAUCCGAGUAUCCCACAUGCUCUCACUGCCUGUUAGAAGCUCAGUGCACAGGGGGUCUUACAGAGUCCCUCUGUGCCCAUUGUGGUAGGAUGUUUCCAGCUUUCUCUUCAGCUCUGCAAGUCACCUAGUCCGAAAGGGAAGAUGCACAUACAUUCAGACUCUUCUUCCAUCACUUUGGUUUCAGUCACAGAGGAGUCUUCUUGGUUCCCUGGAUAGUCUCUAAAUACACAGCUCCAGUCAGCCAGUUGCAGUUCUUUGGAGCAUAACAUUUUUUACACAACUUAGGUUCUGCAUGAAUCACAGAAAAAUGACUGCAAACAUCAAAGUAUUUCAUAGAGCUGUGAAAAAAUGUAUCUGCAAAUGGAAAUAAAUAUUUUCUUAAUUCUGCA